CUGUGCCGAUUCAUCCAGAGCGCCACAGAUAGACAGAGAGCAAGGUUUAGAGAAAGAGGGAGAGAGAGAGAGAGAGAGAGAGAGAGAGAGAGAGAGUAAGCCAGGAAGGUGGCCUUUCAGGAAUCGUAAGAAAACCGCUAAUGUGUCACAGGAAGGAAGAGGAGGACACAUCGGCGACAUCAGGGACACAACUCACUGCAACGGAAGAUUGCGAUGGGUUUACUGGCUCGCAAGGCAAGAAUGAACAGAGAGAUGUAGUUAACCCUUCCCUUUAAGCUGGGCUGCUGAACACGCAGUGAGCCACUACACUCCGCGUCGCAUGUCCUACCAGUAGACACCAUGUGAGAUCCGCUGUCGGACAACAAAAGCCAAUCAACGGCCUCCUCCACACUGCUGUUGUCUGGCAAUCAGUCAGACCUUUGUGUCAAAUUCAAAAGGACUUCAAGCUACGGGCCCACUGAAGACACUCUCAGUAUUUGUAUCUUGUAUCUACAAUCUCUGUACAAAUCGGAGCAACACCUUUGUAAUAUAUUUUCUUAUCUGUUCUCAUUUGGGCUAAUAUUGCAGUUGCAACCCCUUCAAGGUUCCCCGACAAAGAAAUCAGUCGCGGUCCAUUAAGCUGCCCAAUACGGUGAAUGUGUACAAUUCUCUCACCCAGACCGUUUUGUAAUGAGAAACGUGUGAACCAGCUCCAUUCCAUUACCUCAUCUGGAUCACUCAUGUCACACGUGAAGAUUAUGAGGCCGACUUCAGUGCUAGUCCAGUUACAGUGGUUGCUGUGUGUGUAUGUCGGUACGUGUGUGUCCAGCGUCGCCGUGAUUCAUUCGCUACCAUGGCUCGUCUCCUGCCCGGCGCGCUGCGUGUGUCAGAUCAAGCCGUGGUUCUCCGCCGAAUCUGUUUAUCACAAAGCCCCCACUGUUGACUGCAAUGACCUGCUCCUGACAGAGCUCCCCUCGCCCCUACCUCACGACACCCACACCCUGCGUCUGCAGAGCAACCUCCUCUCUGGCCUGCAGAGCGACGAGCUCCCCGGCCUCCCCAACCUCACCGAGCUGGACCUGUCCCAGAACCGCUUCAGCGGCGUCCCGUCAUGGAGUCCACGUCCCGGGCUGGACUCGCUGCUCUCCCUGCAUAUGGAGGAGAACCAGCUGGCUCUCCUUCCCCAGGCCUCCUUCUCCUCCUAUCCGGUGCUACAGGAGCUCUUCCUGAGCCACAACCGCUUGCAUUCACUGGCGGCCGGAGCGUUCGCUGGUUUGGAGUCUCUGCUGCGUCUGCAUAUGAACAACAACCGACUCACCACCGUCGACCCUGAGUGGUUCAAGCCCCUGCCCCGCCUUGAGGUGCUGAUGCUGGGAGGGAACCCCGUGGAGGUGCUCCCGGAGCAGGCCUUCCAGGCGCUCAGGUCCCUCCGUAGUCUAAUGCUCGGAGGCAUGGGUCUGAGAGUCCUGAAGGAACGAGCUCUGGAUGGUUUGGACAGCCUGGAGUGCCUCUCCUUCUAUGACAACCUGCUGACCAAGGUUCCUACCCAAGCCCUGAGACGAGUCCCAGGCCUUAAGUUCCUGGACCUCAACAAGAACCGCAUCAGGCUGGUGGAGACGGGGGGCUUUCGAGACAUGAUCCACCUGAAGGAGCUGGGUCUGAACAACAUGGAGGACCUGGUGUCCAUAGAGAGAGCCGCCCUGGAAAACCUCCCCGAGCUCACCAAGCUGGAGAUCACCAACAACCCCCGCCUGUCCUUCAUCCACCCCCACGCCUUCCUGCACCUGAGCCGGCUGGAGAGCCUCAUGCUGAACUCCAACUCGCUCAGCGCCCUGCACCACCACACGCUGCUCUCCCUGCCCGGCCUGCAGGAGCUCAGCCUGCACUCCAACCCGCUGCGCUGCGACUGCCUCUUCCGCUGGGCGGCCGACGGAGCCCUCCACCGGCACGCCCACCACGACGCCCGUCCGCCCGAGGCCGCGGCUCACGCCCAGGCGGGCGGGGCGGGCGGGGCGGGGAGCAGCGGCCCUCGGACGGUGCGCUUCAUCCAACCGCAGGCCACGCUGUGCUCCGAGCCGCCGGAGCUCAGGGCCCGCAGGGUGAAGGAAGUGUCCAGCCGGGAGAUGUCCGCCUCCUGCCUGCCCCUGAUCCCGGCCGGCCCCCUGCCGGCGUACGUCGGCGUGAGAGAGGGAACCAGCCUGGCCUUGCACUGCAGAGCUCUGGCAGAGCCCCAGCCUAAGGUCUACUGGGUGAUGCCCUCCGGGGUGAGGAUAGGACCGGCGUCCGGCCUCGCUCAUUCCCAAGGCCCGCCCGCCGCCCAAACACCCGGCCACAGCCUUUCCCCGGACACACCUCGAGCCCACGCUGCACGCAACCACUCCACUCGCUACAGGCUCCUCCCCGAGGGCACCCUGGAGAUCACCGGCGUGACGCCCAAAGACGCCGGCCUGUUCACGUGCGUGGCGGAGAACGCGCUGGGCGCCGACACGCGCAGCGUCACAGUGGUGGUGCACUGCGUCGUCAGGAGGAGACCCCGGCAGAAGCAGCUGCCCGCCAACCUGAGGCGACACCCACACGAGGCGGCGGGGGCCGGCUUGCAGGUGCGAGAGGUCGGACAGCACCACAUGGUUCUGUCCUGGACCAACGGACACAACCUGCCCAUGACGCGUCUAUUCUGGCGCGCGAUCAACCCCGACGCGGUGCCCAUGCCCACCUACACCACGCGCAUCCUCGCCGGCACGCAGAGCUUCAACCUGACCCACCUGGUGCCAAAGACCUUGUACCGCGUGUGUCUCCACCUGGGGGCCGGCCCGGCCAGCGGGCACGAGCGGCGGACAGAGAGAGGGAGCAGCCGACCCCAGUGUGUCACCGUCAAGACUGAGGAGGCUCCAUCGAGCCAACAAAUGCUCCCGCUGGGGCCCGAGCUCAGCUCCACAGUGCUGGUGCUGUUGUUCCUGGUUGUGAUUCUGCUGAUAGUGGCCAGCCAGGGCCUGGACAGGAGGUCCGCUGAGCGGCGGGAGCAGUGCCACGUCGACCUCCUGCAGGAGGUCAAGGAUCACGGUCCACCGGAUCAAACUCCAGGGGAUGUUAGUCACCCGGGAGCGCAGGAAGAGAAGGCGCCAUUCCACCACAACUGCUAAGAUUAUAGUCAUGAGCAGUAUAUGUGCACGGAGAGCCCGUACUAGCACCCGUCACACACUGUAUAUAUGCACACAUAAAAACAAAACCAUCUCCAGCCAAUUGGUUAUAGUC